GGCACAUGCCUGUGUGUGUUUGUGUGUCUUUGGGUAGCUCCGGGCCGGCCCCUGUGGCCGAGAUGUCACUGUGUGCCGAGGCAGCAGACGGACGAGCCUGAAGGGCAGGAAUCGGGCACAGAGGGCAUCGAGCAGGGUAGGCAGCACGGAGAGGGAGACAUGAACCUGUGCUGGAGCGAAAUCAAGCGCAAGUCCCAAAACAUCAGGGCGAGGCUGGAAGCCUUCUCAGGCAACAGUGGGAAACUCCAGCUUUCCCUACAGGAGAUCAUUGAUUGGCUGACGCUGAAGGAUGAGGAGCUGUCAGAGCAACUACCCAUAGGGGGCGAUGUGGCCUCCGUCCAACAGCAGAGCGAGUUCCACCAGGCAUUUGUGGAGGACGUGAGGUCCAGGGGUCCCUUCAUCUACUCUGUGCUGGAGUCUGCGCAGGCCUUUCUGUCCCAGCACCCCUUCACUGAGGCUGAGGAGACGCUCUGCGAUGGCAAAGAUGUGUCGCCGCGGAAACGGAUGCAGAAUGUCAGCCGCUCGGUGUGGAAGCAGGCCAACGUGGCCAGCGACCUGUGGGAGAAGCUGACGGCGCGCUGCGUGGACCGCCACCGGCACAUGGAGCGCACACUGGAGCGGCUGCUGGAGGCGCAGGCCACCAUGGGCGAACUGGGCGUGGCGCUGGAGCAGUCUGAGGGCGUGAGGGACGCCUGGGAGCCCGUCGGGGACCUCUUCAUCGACUCGCUGCAGGACCACAUCGACGCCACGAAGCUGUUCAAGGAGGAGCUGAGCCAGGUGAGAGAGGGCAUGAAGCACGUCAAUGACCUCGCGCACCAGCUGGCCAUCUCCAACGUUCACCUGUCCGUGGAGAACGCGCGGUCCCUGGAGCACCUCAACAGCAGGUGGAGGCUGCUGCAGGGCUCCAUUGAAGAGAGGCUGAAGCAGCUUCAGGAUGCCCACAGAGACUUCGGACCUGGGUCACAGCACUUCCUGUCCAGUUCUGUGCAGAUUCCAUGGGAACGUGCUGUGUCCCCCAACAAAGUGCCAUACUACAUUAACCAUCAGGCUCAGACAACCUGCUGGGACCACCCGAAGAUGACAGAGCUGUACCAGGCACUGGCCGAUCUGAACAACAUCAAGUUCUCCGCGUAUCGGACGGCCAUGAAGCUGAGGCGGCUGCAGAAGGCCUUGCGAUUGGACAUGCUGACCCUGGGCAGCCUGACGGACGUGUUCCGGGAGCAGGAGCUGCAGCACGGUGAACGUGCCAUGGACGUGGUGGAGGUGAUCCGGGCGCUGACUAGCCUGUAUGAGCGGCUGGAGGAGGAGCGCGGAGUGCUGGUCAACAUCCCGCUCUGCGUGGAUAUGUGCCUCAACUGGCUGCUCAAUGUGUACGACAGUGGCCGGAAUGGGAAGGUGCGGGUCCUGUCCUUCAAGACUGGUCUGGUGUGCCUGUGCAAUGUUGAUGUGCAGGAGAAAUAUAAAUAUCUGUUCCGGCAGGUGUCAGGCCCUGGUGGGCUGACAGACCAGCGCCACCUCAGCCUCCUGCUGCACGAAGCCGUCCAGAUCCCGCGGCAGCUGGGCGAGGUGGCGGCCUUCGGGGGCAGCAACGUGGAGCCCAGCGUCCGCAGCUGCUUCCGCAUGGCCCCAGGAAAGCUGGCUAUCGAGGUGUCCCACUUCCUGGAGUGGAUGAGCCUGGAGCCGCAGUCACUGGUGUGGCUGCCUGUGCUGCACCGUGUAGCCGCGGCCGAGUCCGCCAAGCACCAGGCCAAGUGCUCUGUCUGCAAGCAGUGUCCAAUCAGGGGCUUCAGGUAUCGCAGCCUCAAGCAGUUUAAUGUAGACAUCUGCCAGACCUGCUUCCUGACAGGGCGGACCUCCAAGGGAAAGAAGCUGCACUAUCCGAUCAUGGAGUACUAUACCCCGACCACCUCGGGGGAGAAGAUGCGAGACUUUGCCAAGACACUGAAAAACAAGUUCCGGUCCAAGCAGUACUUCAGCAAGCACCCUCAGAGGGGCUACCUGCCAGUGCAGUCAGUGCUGGGGGCUGAAAGCGCAGACACCCCUGGCUCCUCUCCCAAGCUUCCCCACGCGGACACCCACUCCAGGAUUGAGCACUUCGCCAGCAGACUGGCGGAGAUGGAGAACCAGAACUGCUCCUUCUUCACUGACAGCCUUUCGCCUGAUGAAAGCCUAGAUGAAGAGCAGUACCUCUUGCGUCACCCCAGUCCCGCCCUGGAGCAGGACUCCCUGACCAGCCAGCACAUCCUGGGUAACAUCAACUGUGAGGACAAGGACGAGCUGCAGAGGACGCUGGCCCGUCUGGAGAAUGAGAACAGGAUCCUGCAGGGGGAGUAUCGGCGGCUGAAAUGGCAGCACGCAGAGGCGGCGGCCUCUCCCCAGCUGGCGGAGGGCACCCCUGGGUCUCCCACGGAACAGCAGGACGAGGAGCUCCUGGCGGAGGCCCGGGUCUUGAGGCAACACAAAACCCGGCUGGAGACUCGCAUGCAGAUCCUGGAGGACCACAACAAGCAGCUGGAGUCCCAGCUCCGCCGGCUGAGAGAGCUAUUGCUGCAGCCCAAAGGGGACUCCGAGACUAACUCUGCGCCAUCGUCAGUGUCCUCGCCUGUGUCUGGGAGUGGCCGCCAGGGAGAGCAGCUGAGCAGAACCACCCCAGAGACAGAGGCCACCGAGGAGGACAUCGAGCAGGAGCAGGAGGACACUGUGCUGCAGCUCCAGCAGGUGAUUGAGCAGCUGAGGAACGUUUUCCCGUCCGAGGCCGGUGAGUCCAGACUGAAGUCAGAAGAGGACAGAAAGUGAGUUCGGAUGAGAGUGACAUCAGCGCCACUGAGAUGGACAAGGCGCGGCGUCACCCAAAUAACCCUGGAUGUGGUUUGGAGUUUGCAGCACUGCCCGUUUGGCUGGGUUCCAGCGGGCUGCCUUUCCCAAAGCGUUCCCCUGGCGGGACCCACCAGCAGGUCACGCACGGCUACACCCGAUGAACGUCCAAGCCUGAAGCACCACGGAGCUUUUUUUUUUCUUUGCUAACUUCCAGGCAGCGCGCUAAGGACCUCAUCUCACCCAUGCAGACCCCUGUGCUAACCUGUUGUGUGUCAGCAUAUGAGGUCAAGCUUCACCGGUGCAGCACAAACACCUUCCAGAUAGGGCUUUAACAACGCAAGGGAGUAGGGCCUGUGCGUGUCGGAGCUGCAGGAAAGCCGGCCUGCAUGCCCGGUCACCUUCCCGCGUUCGUUGGUAAUGUGUUUACGUAACUCUUUCCGCUGACUUUCAGAACUCCACUGCCACUUAAGGCCCACUUAACGCACCCCCCUCCCGGCCCAAUAGGUCCGCUUUGGAGGGUUUCGUUCACAGAAUUAAAAUACACCCCCUCCUUCUUCCUCGCAUACACAUGCACACAUACACACAGUAGGGAUAGUUACCCCAGGUUUCUGGCUUGCUUUCUAGUCUGGCCUUCACAUGGGAUGUGGGGGCUUGAAGGAAGAGGCAGUCAGAGGUCAGGUAACACAUUUUUGACAGAGCACACUUAAUAUGCCUUAAACUCUGCUGAAAUUCCUCAGACAAAAGUGGUGUGUUUUGCUGCAGUGAAGUUUGAUAAAGUGGGGCUUCUCCCAUAGUCUCAAUGACACUAAUUUGUUCUGUUUUGUUUUUUAAAUUAUAAUUGUAUGUUGAAGACCAGGCUUUCCAUUUCCCUUCCCAUCAAUUAGAAAGUGAGGCAAUCUAGAGUAUGAAAUGUAUGUCACUCAUGGUGAGGUGGAAGUUUUGGUGAAAGGUGUCAGUCAGGUGUUGGUCAGUGGUGAUUAAAAGGGCAUGGUUAUCAAUUAAUGGCAAGGACAUUAGGGGAGCCAUGUUAUUGUUGACAAGGGAACAGAUUGGAUAUUAGAGGCAGAACAGAGUAAUAGGGGACACCAAUGGGAAAGGACCCAUUCCUACUUACUGGUUUUUGUGUAAGUGUUCCUGUGGUGUGUUUGUGGAUGGUGCCUCAGCUAGCUACAGUCAAAAGGCCUGUAACGUUGUAAAAGACUUCAUAAUUCUUAUUUAGUAACAGAGGAUCACACAAAGUUUACGGCGUAUUUUGUAACACUUGCAAGGAGGAAUCUACUUUCUGUUUGAAUUUCCACUCAGUUUCAGAACGCAAAUUGAGGUUUGUAUCUCUUCUUCCCUUGGCUACCCUUUGGGCACAGAGUUCACAUCUGACUAUAUUGGCUGCUUGUUUCAAUACGGUUGCUUGGAAACUGUCCCCAUGCACUCCAUGAUGCUGGUCAGAGGCUUGCAUGGAGGAGUAGAAUUAAUUAAUUGAGGAGUUGCCAAAUUACCAUAUGGGAAGAACACUUGAGAAUUAGUUGUGUCUCUGUGCCAGCUAACACCCCUGUUAAUUACCAUAAAUAUUCUUGAAAAUCUAAAACUGUUACUUUCACAAGGAGAAGAGGUGUUAUAUUCAUUCAGUGCCGAAGAAGUAGAACAUGCCUUUAAAAUCACUCACAAAACAUAUUUAAUUUUUAGCCAUUUAUUGUUGACAUUAACCCAAUUUCAUACGUUUAAUAUCUCAGUAUUAUUUGUCAUAUCAUACAUGUGAAGUCCUGACACCUUACAAUGGCCAUACUCGAAGCAGUUCAAUUUAUUUCUGCUUAAAUAAGCUUUUCAACACAAACAGAUUCCAUACGGUUUGGAGUUUUAGAGUCAUUGAGUCUUCAGUUCAUUAAAACUGUUAUUCACGCUGGGCGAGCUACUUAUACAGAGAACGCCUUCAUCAUAAAACUGUCAUCAGCAUUCUUGAGGGCUUAGCAUUCCACAUGAAAAGCAUCCCAACAUUGCGCGGUAUUUAAUCCCUGUCCAGAUCCACCCACGCCAUCACUUUAUAACACCUUUCUUGUCUGUAUGAGAUUAGAAUGGAAAUCCUCAGCCUCUGCUGUGUUGCAGAGGGAGAACCCAUAUUUGUCACACUAAACAGGACACUAAAAGAGUUGUGACAAACUGCACAUAUAAUAUAUACAGGCUACAGAAAAUUAGGAUCCUCAUAUAUAUGAACAGAUUUUUUUUUCAUUUCAUCUGAAUCCCUGUGGAUCACGAGAUGUUGUUGCCCUCCCUGUCUUAUAUUAAGGAAGAACAAUGGUUACAGGAGAAGGAAGAUAUUGGGAGACAUUGCCAAGAGUGUAUUUGCAAUAUUUAGCUGGUCCAUCCUCAAAUGAUCAUGCAGAUAAUUGGAAGCUGCGGGCCCACAAGAUGUGGCCAGUUCCAAAGUGUGAUCCUCCCGCUGCCUGCAAACUAAUUUGUUUCAUGGAAAUUACUGAGGCAAUUAUCCAUUUAUAUGGAUAAAUGGAUAGUGUAUUUACAACAGAUAUGGCUACUACCAUUGGAUAUUAUAGCCUUGCUUUCUUUUUUUCCACUUAAAAGGAAAUCUACUUCAACAG